AUGUGGUCAGCGUUCAAGGAGACGGCAUGUGGAUUCGCACGCCGUCAUAAGAAGCUCCUAGUCGUAACAGGUGUAAGUGCAGCAUGUGCAGGAGGUGCGUAUUAUGCGUACAAAAGAAUGCUGAAUGAAGCUGAGCGAUUAACAAAGCAGAUCCAGGAGCAAAUGGUCGAGCAUCAGCGUUUGCAAUUGGCUCUCAGCAGUACAACAGACGAAAGUCGCGCAACUGUACGACGUUUUCUACCGCGACUUAAGACGCAAUUGUAUCAUCUUUUGGAUCUUGAGAACGUGGUACAAGAGCUUAAAAGGCUUGACAAGACACAAAAGAAUGAACGGAAUGCGCUCUGGGAAGACGCCAAGUUACUGGCGUUUACGCGUUACUUCACAACGCUCGUGGCGUUUGGAUUGUGGCAUUUACUGGUAUUUGCCCAAGUUUCUAUCAUUGGAAAGAGAGUUUUUGACAAGAACACGCGACUAGUGAGGCUAGUAAAUCACAAGGGGUUGAGCAAACUGAAGACUCAUGUGGAGACUGUAGUGAGCAAAAAUACGCAAUUACAGACGUGGCAAGUCAGUUGCAAAGCAACGGUGAGAGCUGAUGAGCUCAAUGAAUUAUUGCAGACAUUGUUCUUGGCGGUAAUGCCGUCACUGACUGCAGUAGCAGCAGCGGAAAAGCACGAAGAAUCGACAGAAUUGAACAUGUGGAGAGAAUUUUUGAUCUAUCCAGACAAGCAAAAGGACCAGGACGAACAUGUGAUUUGUCUUCUCAACGACUUGUGGGAUCUACUGGAAAGUGAUCUCUUUAUGCCUGCACUGCAGCAUAGCUUGAGGUUUUUGUGUGGCAAUGCCUUCCAGGACCUUGAUGAUGUCGUUUAUGGACCGAGUAAACAGGAAUGUCGUGUUGUCGAGGAUAACGCUGCCGAGCUGCCUGAGAAGAAACCGGCGCCGCCUCUUGCGAAGCUCAUUCCGUGUCUGCAAGCAGAGACGAACAAGCUUUUGCUGCCUUCAGGCGGACCCAAUAGCUACGCUGCCAAGUAUUCGCAAGGCGUAGAGGAGAUGGAGGCGUUCCGGAACUUCUACGAGGCUAUUUUUUUCGAGCAGAGUACUCAAGACUCGUAUAUGAAACCGAACAUCAUUUAA